AUUUUUGAGAUAAGUUGUCUCGCAUCAUUUUGACGAGGGGGAAAUUUCUACUUUGCAACGCAAAAAACCAGAUAACAUCUAGUGCAAUUCCCCGAAGGAGAAAUACCAUUAUCAACACAGACAGUUCCCCGAAAUACUCCCGAUUUCUCAAAUUAGAAACAGUCGUCCACUUCCUCUAGCUUUCUGGGUCAAUCUCAGGUUCUAGGAUUUUGAUUCGCAUUAUAUAGUCAAUCCAAAUACCUCAUGUUGUAAUGAUGGAUUGAUUGGCGCUUCUAAUCGAUCUCAAUCCGAAGGGACUAUGAUAAAUUAGAUUUUGUCUUCAAGGCGCCAACUUCUUUUCCUUUGUCAUCCAGAGGUGCUGCUGGACUUCUUCCAUUUAAGUUUAGCAGUUUUGAAUUUUAACAUGGGACUUUGCUUCGGUAAGUCUCAAACUGAUGAAGAUGAUUCUGUGAAGAAUGUCGAGUUUGCUGGUGGGAAUGUGCACCUCAUCACCACCACAGAAUCUUGGGAUCAAAAGUUGGCAGAAGCAAGUAAGGAUGGAAAGAUUGUAAUUGCAAACUUCAGUGCAACAUGGUGUGGUCCUUGUAAGAUGGUUACGCCAUUUUACCGUGAAUUAUCUGAGAAAUACCCAUCCAUCAUGUUCUUAUUGAUCGAUGUGGAAGAACUAACGGAAUUUAGUGCUUCGUGGGAUAUCAAAGCCACUCCAACAUUCUUCUUUCUCAGAGAUGGACAGCAAGUUGACAAGCUUGUAGGAGCCAACAAGCCAGAGCUACAGAAGAGGAUAACUGCAAUUGUAGAUUCAACUUCCCAACUUCAGAAUUGAGUGCUUUGCUUGUUUGUGUCUAGUGAGGGGCUACUUGCCUGUUAUUCUAUACCCUUUUGUUGCCAGCAUGGAUGCUUGUCUGUGGGUUUUUUAUUUUUAUUUUUGUUGGUUUGGUUUUUUUUUUCCCGUCUACCUUGCUGCGUGUAAAUAAGACUGUUAGAUUAUGAGUAUCGUUAAUUUUGUAACUUGGCUCUUUUGGGCUGAAAUUCUUGGGUUCUAAACCUUUGAAUCAGAUGGACUCUGUUUUCCCAAAA